AUGUCUGGCUACCCAACCCUUGAGGAGGCCGCUUUAGUGCUGCACGCUUUGGUCACUACAUAUGGGCCUAAGCUCAUCCAAAGACACAUUAUCGGCCAGAGCGUCGAAGGCCGGCCCUUGCAAGCGUACAGAGUAGGGGGCAUCCUCCGGCAGCAACAACAACAAAGGGAGAGAGACUCAGUUGAUGCAGACUUCCCUGCAGUCUUGAUGACUGGCUUGCAUCAUUCGAGAGAGCCUCUCAGAGAUGCCACGGCCGUGUACUUGCUGUUGACGAGGGAGUGGUGGGUAGUUCCUAUCCUCAAUCCAGACGGCUAUGCAGCCAUAGAAGCUACGGGCAACACCUCCAUCCGCAAGAACCGACGGCCCCCCCCUGGCUUUCACCGGCCUUUUGACGACUAUGGUGUCGAUCUUAACAGAAAUUACGAUUAUCACUUCAAGUCAAUUGGGGAAGUUCCUGAAGAGUAUGGGGGCCCUUCCGCCUUCAGCGAACCGGAAACGCAAGCUCUCAAGUGCCUUGUCGAACGGCGCGAAGAACAGCAGCAGCGCCAGCAGCAGCCGACACACUCAAAGUGUGGGGGGAAGUACACCACGGGGCACUUUAAGACUGCUCUGAACUUCCACACCUUCGGAGACGCGUGGACUUACCCCUUCAACUGCUGCAAAGAGGAGCGCCUGCCGCCUUGGGCAACUGCGGCCUUUGCCGAACUCAAACUGGCCCUGUCUCUCCCGAACUUCGCCCCUGCUCCGGUAAACCCCUUGUUGGGAUACGUGACAACGGGGGAGGCAGACGAUUGGCUGCUGGCAGCGAAGGGGGUGCUCGCUAUGAGUCCGGAGCUUGGAGACGAGGCUGGAGGCUUCUGGCAAAGCGAAACAUUGAAGCAGCUGACAGACGGGGGAGGUCGCCUUGCUGUGGCUUACGCUAGGACGCAGGGGGUGGCAGACAAGGCAGGCGCAGAGUUCGCUGCAAGAACCAAGAAACGGGUGCACGAUCGACUGGAGGUGGAAGAGAUGCUGCGGCAAGUUCAGACUCUCAAGCAGGAAAUGCUACGGCAACCGCAGCAGGGGGCUUCUGGAGGGGAAGAAGCGGGCUCUCUGGGACAUGCGCUCUCUGCUGCGCAUCUGUUUAAUACGCAGCAAUGGGAAGUUCGGACGCUUGAAAUAAGCAACAACGGCCUUAGCCGGCCCUCUACGCCUCUCCAGCUGGUAGCCGUCUCUGGAGCUUUUCUACCCUUGGCUCUUAUGCCUGCAAGGAUACUGGGCAUGCUCUCGACGGCAGCCGAUGCGGCCCUCCCCCCGUUGCACUGCCCCCUCAACCCGCAUUUCAGCGGCAGCAGAAUUAAGUACGACUUCUCGGGAGCGUACAGGAGGCUUGAGAAAGAUUUCAACGCUGCACACGUCAGCAAAAGGCAUCUGCAACAUGAGCAACCCCCGCUUGGACACCCCCAGACACCAAAAGAGGAGCGCAAACAAGAACAGUCUGUCUACGAUCCGGCGUGGGCAGAGGACUCCCAAGACACGACUGCCAUGCAGCGGCUCCAGGCUGUCUUGUCUCCCUCGCAUGAUGAGGGGCGAUCCCGCCUCCAGACAGCAGCAGCCGGAGAAAGACGAUCUGCAGAAGCUGCACGACUCGAGGCUGUCAUCGAAGCCGCAGCAAAGGGAUUGAUGGUAGCGGCAGAAGACGCCAUGGAGGGCCUUGUGCUGCACCUCUCGAAAUCGCAGCAGAAAAGACGCCAUGCAGAGCACAGCUCCCAAGGAGACUCGAAGUCUCUCCCCGUUGUAAGCGAGAAAGAGCAAGCCCUGCUUUCGCUACCUCCGCUCGAAGGCAGGGCAAGACCAUCGGGAGCUGUCUCCUCUUUUCGCUUCAAAGUUGCGACUCGACGCGCUUCCCUGUCCUCACAGAAUACGUCUUCGACGCGGCAGAAUGAAGAACCGCCAGUUGCGGCGCUCUGCGUCUUGGAGCAGAUUCCAGAGCUCUUUGCGGAGGCAUCAGAGACGCAUCCUCUCUGUCGAGAUGCUAUUGCGGCUGCUACCGAGUGGCAGCAGCAGCUGCACCAGCAAGAGUCCUCUCUCCAGCAGCAGCAUGUGCCGCGACGCCAGCAGCAGGGCCGUCAAAAGGCAGGCGGUGUCACGGGGAGGGAUGUGCGUUUUGCGUGGCAAAGCACAGAUGUGUUGCUGCUAGACCAUUUCGUGGAUUACUCCUUCGUUGUGCUUCUACUUAUUGCCCAAAUAAUUCUGGCAUUGCUGGCUGCGCGUCUCUGUAUGCUGAGACAGUGCGGCGGCCCCUUCCCUUACCACGUUGUCGGGUGCACGCUCUCCGCUGUCGGGCAUGGUGGAACUGUUGUUAUUGCUCGCCUUCAUGCGGUGGCAGCGAACGACGGCUGCGCUCCGUCUCUGUCUUGGUCCGUCUCAGGAAAAGUGAGAUGUCGAUUACAGUCCAGCUUGCCGCAUGAUGCUGCUCGCGGCUGA